UUUCUUUCUUUUGUCUUAAUUUUCAUCAUUUUUAUCAUUUCACCUUAGACUAAUCCAUCAUAUUCCUCUUUCUUCAACAUUUUCUCUGUUUGAUGUAGGUGAAGAUAGAGAUAGCAUCCAUGGAUAUGUUUAGAGGAAGCACCAGUUUUGACAAUAAGAAAGCAAGUUGUCACAGAGGUCACUGGAGACCUAUUGAAGACGACCAUCUCCGGCAACUCGUGGAACAAUAUGGUCCCAAGAACUGGAAUUUCAUUGCUCAACAUCUACAUGGAAGAUCAGGGAAAAGUUGUAGAUUGAGAUGGUACAAUCAACUUGAUCCAAACAUCACCAAGAAACCUUUCACAGAGGAAGAAGAAGAGAGACUUCUCAAAGCUCAUCGGAUCCAGGGGAAUCGUUGGGCCUCUAUAGCUCGGCUGUUCCCUGGGAGGACCGAUAACGCUGUCAAGAACCAUUUCCAUGUCAUCAUGGCUAGACGCAAACGUGAAAGCUUAUCUUCCACGUCUACUUCUACGUUCAACCAAAGCUGGCAUAAUAUAUUGCGCCCUAGUUCUAGUCUUACGAGGCUUAAUAGAUCCCAGUUUGGGCUAUGGAGGUAUCAAAAGGAUACAAGUCGUGGUCUCUGGCCAUGCACUUUUGUUUCAGCACCUAGAGAUGAUCAGUUUGGAUCUUCAUCGAUCUCGAAUGUACGCAAAGAUGAGAGGAGAAAGUCGAAAGAGUUGGUGGAUCAACACAAUAACGGAUUUGACACAGCUACACCACAUCAUAAGAAGAACUCAGAUGGAGAUGGACCAUCCACGGGAGAUGAUGGUGGGACGAAAAAUGUUACUUUCAUCGAUUUUCUUGGAGUUGGAUUAGUUUCUUAGGUUACACUUUCACAACUCAAUGAUUUUA